CCUCUCCCUCCUCCACCCCUUCCCCCCACUCUCCUCCCCCCUCUUUCCUUCCCCCGUCCCUUAACGCCCACUUUGCAUCACCUCCUGCGGGCCGUCGUCCCCCCCAGCGCGUCGCCUGACCGCCUAACCCCGCUGGGCAUCGUCCCCACUCCGGGGCACCCAGCCCCCGACCUCCCCCACCGGGUGCCCCUGUCCCCUCCCGCUUCCUCGUUCCCCUCCCCCUCCCGGGCGCCGCUUCCCCGCUCCCGCUCCCUCCGCGUCUUUUCCUCUCCUCUCCCCUCCCCGCGAAGUUUCGGGGCUGUCAGUCUGUCAGUCUGCGGGCAGUCCGCACCCGAGCUGCAGGCAGCGGGCGCCAUCGCGAGCGGAGCCCGCCGGCCGAGGAGGCGGGGCGCCCGGGUCCGGGCAGCAGCUGCGGGGAGACCCGGCCGCCCGCCCGUCCCCCGGAUACGGGCCGUGGAGGUGCUUCCCGGCCACACCCGCACUCGCAACCACCGCCCGCGCAGUGCAGGGUCUGGAGCCUGAGCCCAGGAGGAGUUCCCCUGGGUUGCCAUGAGAGAGAGCUUGGAGGGCCUCAGCUCCCUGGGAUUCUCUGUGGGACAGCCAGAAAUGGCCCCUCAAACUGAGCCUGGAGAAGGGUCUCAUAACAGCCAGGAGCACAUGGCCCCUCCCCAGGAAGAGAAAGCGCUGGGCACAUGCUCAGGGUGUGAGGCCCCCAGGCCAGAGGAAGGUGCCCCCACUGAACAAGCUGAAGCUCCCAGCAGAGGCAGCAGGGCAUAUGCGCCACGGAAGGCUGAGCCCAUGGGCUCCUGCCCAGGGGAUGAGUGGAUGAUUCGGAAGGUGAAGGUGGAGGAGGAGGAUCAGGAGGCAGAAGAGGAGGCGGAAUGGCCUCAGCAUUUGUCACUAAUCUCCAGCCCCUUUCCAGCGCCUGACCUGGGGCCUCUGGCCGCCACGUAUAAGCUGGAGCCUGGGGUCCCAGGGACAUUGGGUGGGCUAGCGCUGGCCGGGUGGGUCCCCACCUCGGAGAAGCCCUAUGGCUGCGGGGAGUGCGAGCGGCGGUUCCGAGACCAGCUGACCUUGCGGCUGCACCAGAGGCUGCACCGCGGUGAGGGCCCCUGCGCCUGCCCGGACUGCGGCCGCAGCUUCACGCAGCGCGCGCACAUGCUGCUGCACCAGCGCAGCCACCGCGGCGAGCGGCCCUUCCCCUGCUCCGAGUGCGACAAGCGCUUCAGCAAGAAGGCUCACCUGACCCGCCACCUGCGCACGCACACGGGCGAGCGGCCCUACCCGUGCGCGGAGUGCGGCAAGCGCUUCAGCCAGAAGAUACACCUGGGCUCGCACCAGAAGACGCACACGGGCGAGCGGCCCUUCCCCUGUCCCGAAUGCGAGAAGCGCUUCCGCAAAAAGACGCACCUGAUCCGCCACCAGCGCAUCCACACCGGCGAGAGGCCCUACCAGUGCGCGCAGUGCGCCCGCAGCUUCACGCACAAGCAGCACUUGGUGCGGCACCAGAGGGUGCACGAGGCGGCCGGCCGCGCCCCGCUCCCCGACGCUCCCGCCUCGCCCCCUUCCCCUGCCCAGUCCCCUCCCGGGCCCAAGCCUUUCUCCUGCUCCGACUGCGGCCUGAGCUUCAGCUGGAAGAAGAAUCCCGCCACGCACCAGGGUCUGCACGGCAGCCGGGGGCGCCCUUUCGGAUGCGACGAGUGCGCACUGGGCGCCACCGUGGACCCCGCCGCCACUGAGCCCUUGGCCUGCGCGCCCCGGAGCGCAGCGGCGCCCGAGGGCGCUCCCACGAGCGAGCGGUCCUUCUUCUGCCCGGACUGCGGGCGCGGCUUCGCCCACGGGCAGCACCUGGCGCGGCACCGGCGGGUGCACACGGGCGAACGGCCCUUUGCCUGCGCGCAGUGUGGCCGCCGCUUCGGCUCGCGGCCCAACCUGGUGGCCCACUCCAGGGCCCACAGCGGCGCCAGGCCUUUCGCUUGUGCCCAGUGCGGCCGCCGCUUCAGCCGCAAGUCGCACCUGGGCCGCCACCAGGCGGUGCACACGGGCAGUCGGCCCCACGCCUGCGCCGUAUGCGCCCGUCGCUUCAGCUCCAAAACCAACCUGGUCCGCCACCAGGCCAUCCACACCGGCUCCCGCCCCUUCUCCUGCCCGCAGUGCGGCAAGAGCUUCAGCCGCAAGACUCACCUGGUGCGACACGAGCGCAUCCACGGCGGAGCCGCCCACCCGGCCUCCGAAUCCGAUCUCUCGGCCCCAGCCUGGCCCACUCCCACCGAGGUGGCGGCACCCACACUCCUCUUCUGACCCUGCCUUUGCCUUUGGCUCACUGGAUCCAGGGACCCGUGCCUGACACACCUCCUGGGCAAGUAAGGGUGACGACCUGGAUUCCUGCUGGCCAUUUUCCUUCCCACUCCAUCUUGCUGGGGAGAAGACUGGAAAAGAUAAACGGCUUUGACGGUGACAAAGCCAGGCUAAGAGUGAACGCUUGCUGGGAACAGUUCAGGCCUGAGCCCCUGGAAAGCCCCACCAAGAGACCUCAUCAGAAAGCAGUCAUUUCCUGGACCACUCUUGGCCAAGGACUAAGUCAGGAACCUCUUCAGGGCGAGGGAAAGAACGGUUAUCCAUACAGUUAGAGUUUCAUUAAAAUGAAAAUCUGAAGGUUCUGGGGCUGUUAAAUGAGUUGGAAGAUGGAA